GGAAUCUCUAGAAUCUAAAUAUAUGACUGAGGAUGCUUCAAAUAAGAAAUUUCUCAUUAGUAACUUUAAUAGUUACAAAAUGGUGGAUUCUCGUCCGGUCAUGAAACAAUUUCAUGAGAUUCAACGUUUAUAUAAUCAACUUUUGAUUCAUAACAUGCAUGUUAAUGAAACCUUUGCGGUCGGUUCUAUAAUCGACAAAUUACCACCUUCAUGGAAGGAAGUGAAAAAUGGUCUCAAACGCAAAAAGGAAGAUUUGUCAAUAGAGCAACUUGGUCGCCGACUUCAAAUUGAAGAAGGCAUUAAGUUGCGUGAAGGUGACAAUGGUAAAAAGAACGACCUUCCAAUUUUCUCUAUAAAUGUUAUGGAGGAGGGACAGUCAAGUGGGACUAAGAAAAAUAAAAAACGUCUCGGGAAAUUCACCAAAGGUUCCAACUUUCAAAAGAGGCCGAAAGAUAAGAAAGUAGGCUCAAAUAUUUGAAAAAAGAUCUUAAACAAUGGAACUCUAUUGUUUUUGGAAACAUCUUUGAAAAUGUUAAAGGCUGUGAAUUAAGGGCAGAUGAAGCUGAGAAAGUUUUUGAAGAACAGGCUGAUGAACUUAGUAGAGCUAAUUGGCACAAAGCAUAAGCAGAAUUGAUUCUUGCUUACAAACAGGAAAAGCAAUUUUGGAAGCAAAAAGCAAGAAUUAAAUGGCUUAAAGAUGGAGACAGCAAUACCAAAACUUUUCAUAGUUUUGUUAAGGGAAGACACAAGAGGCAAAAUAUAACAAACAUUCAAAAGGAUGAUGGUACCUGGAUCACAGAUACUGACUAAAUAGCUCAAAGUAUGAGACAUAUUAUUCAAGGAAGGUAAUUCAAAAUAUCAAGGAAAGUCCAAAUAUUCAACCAAGGGAAGGAGAGGCUACGGAUGCUAUAUAUAUUGGACUGAAGACCAGACUAAAGUGGGGUGCUUAACCGAGCUUCUAUUGAGAAAUAUACACGAGAAUAUUUACCAAGUCCAAGGCACCUGAACCUGCUCACGGAGUUCCAGACAAAAUCUUUGCUGAAUUUCUCUAAUUUCCUGGCAUCAUAUCAACAAGCUUCAGGUCAGGCAGUAAACUACAAUAAAAGCCAAAUUAUAAUUGGGAAGAAAUUUCCUGAAAAUAGAAUAGAGCAUCUGGAAGAACUUCUAAACAUGAAAUGCUCCAAGCUUCCAAUCAAGUAUAUAGGAGUUUAUCUUCACCAAGGUAUAAAUAGGCUCAGAUAUUGUAAAGAUUUACUCUCAGCUAUUGAUCAGAAAUUUAGCCCCUGGAGGAAAAAGCUUUUAUCUCAAAGUGGCAGGCUGAUUCUUAUAAAACAUGUGUUGACAUCAAUUCCUAUUCAUAUUCUUGCUGUUUCCAAACUACCUAAUUCAGUGAUUAGAAUUGUG